ACCCUAAAUAAUCAGCAAUGUGGCGAAUUCACCAACCUGUGACUGGCUGGCCGCAAGUGGCCUGGCCUCCCUAUCUUCAUUACCACCCCUCUUCCUCCAUUGAAUCCUUCCAUUCCUUUCUUGCCAUCUCCGGCCACAACACAAUGGCCACCAUAACCACCACAACUGUCACCGAACCUGACAAUGCCGACGCGUCUUCGCCACCACCCAAGAACGUCAUGUACGAGCUAGCCGCCCGGAACAUCUUCUACGCGAAGCCGGCUGCGACGCCGACGUUGUCCUUCGGGCGGAUCUUGAGGCCAUGCGGCGCGGCCCUUGCGACGCCUGAAUACAUCCUUCGCGACGUGUCGCUCACGGCGCGGGCGGGAGAGAUCCUGGCCGUCGUCGGCCCAAGCGGCGCCGGCAAGUCCACGCUGCUCGACAUCCUCGCGGUGCGGACAGCGCCCACCCACGGGCGCCUCCUGCUCAACUCGGCGCCGCUCCGGUCCUCCUCCUUCCGCCGCCUGUCCGCCCACGUUCCCCAGGCGGACAUCGCGCUGUCUCUGCUGACCGUAGCCGAGACGUUCACCUUCGCCGCGUCACUGCUUUACCAUACGUCGGCGUCCGCGGCCUCGACCGCGGUCACGGCGCUCCUCGCGGACCUCCGUCUGGCGCACGCGGCUCACACGCGGGUUUCCGCGUCACGGCUAUCGGGAGGCGAGCGCCGGCGGGUGUCCAUUGGCCUCGCCCUGCUCCGCGACCCCGGCGUGCUCCUCCUCGAUGAGCCGACCUCCGGCCUCGACUCCUCCUCGGCGUUCGUGGUCGUCGGUUGCCUCCGCGCCGUGGCGGCCGCCAGAGGCACGACGGUGGUGCUGUCCAUCCACCAGCCCAGCGCGCGCCUGCUCUCCGCCGUGGAUUCGCUCCUCCUCCUCUCCCGCGGCACCGUCCUCCACCACGGCUCCCUCGCCUCCCUCGACGCCGCCCUCCUCUCACACGGCUUCGCCGUCCCCGCGCAGCUCAACCCGCUAGAGUACGCCCUCGAGGUCAUCGACCAGAUACCCCAUCCCUCGCCCUCCUCCCCUGAACCCAAGUCGGCGCAAGAUCUCACAACCAAGACAUCGGACCACCACAGGCCGGCCAUGGCGACGGCGCCGUCGUUGUCGUGUACUUCGCCGUGCUCGCGGAUACAUGAGUUCGUGGUUCUGUACAAGAGAGCGUGGAAGGUGGUGUAUCGGAGCAAGCAGCUGCUGUUGACCAACUUCCUCGAGGCUGUGAUCGUCGGGACGCUGCUGGGCACCAUCUACAUCAACGCCGGCUAUGGUGAGGCCGGCGCGCACAAGCGACUGGGGCUCUUCGCCUUCACGCUGACGUUCUUGCUCACCUCCACCACGGAGACGCUGCCAACGUUCGUCACGGAGCGGCCGAUCGUGCUCGCUGAGACGGCGGCGGGUCUAUACCGGCUGUCCUCCCACGCCACCGCGGCCACGAUGGUGUUCCUCCCGUACCUCCUGGCGGUGGCGCUACUCUACUCCUCGUGCGUCUACUUCCUCGUCGGUCUCUGCGCUUCGCCGGCGGCAUUCGCAGUGUUUGUGCUGGUGGUGUGGGCGGUGGUGCUCACGGCCAACUCCUUCGUGCUCUUCGUGAGCUCGUUCGCACCGGACUACAUAGCGGGGAUGUCGCUGGUGUCGGUGUCGCUGGCCGGGUUCUUCCUCUUCUCCGGCUACUUUCUGUCGCGGGAGAGCACGCCGGUGUACUGGGUGUUCAUGCACUACGCUUCUCCCUACAAGUACGCUCUGGACGCCAUGCUCGCCAACGAGUACUCGUGCGCGGCGAACCGGUGCUUCGGGGUGGCCGGCGCUGGAGAGGAGUGCUCGGAGACGGGGCGCGACGUGCUGGCGGCGCGGGGCCUCACGGCGGAGGAGCGGUGGACGGGGGUGCAGGUGCUGUUUGGAUUCUUCCUCCUCUACAGGGUGCUCUACUGGGUCGUGCUCAGCCGGAGAGCGUCCACAGCCAAGAGGUGACCACUGAUCGAUCCAUGAAUUUCGUCUCCACCAUUACUAUACGAGUGUGUGUGAACGCAUGCAUGGAGGCAUGCAUGUGACAGUUAAGGUAUGCCAAUGUCAAAGUUCAUCGACAUCGACAGAAUGGUUAACCGGUAAUUAAGCUGCUAUACUGAUGUAUAUUGUGAACAUAAAAUGACUUCUACAUAAAUGUAUGAAUGGAUAUGGAUAAUAAAACAUUGAUAAUUCUCUA